CUCAAAGUUGUGUUAUCCUUUCUUCAUCAUCAUCCCCGCGCAUCAAAUCUCACCCUCUCUGUCGAACCCAUUUCCUUAUUUCUUAAUCUCCCAAAACCCAUAUGUAUUCUCCGAACCAAAAUCAAUUUGUAAGAAACAAACAAAUCAACCAAUUUCAUAAGAGAGGGAAUAGAGAGCAAACAGAGAAAGGGAGCGGAAAAAAGGACGAAGAAGAAUGAAGGAUAGCAGAUGAAUUCGAAAGGAGGAAGAAGAACAAAGAACAGCAUAUGGAGUUCGUUCUGGAUAGAGGAGAGAACGGAGAAGGCACAUAUUUAUUUGAGAGUGAAGAGACAACGUGAUUAAAUUUUUCUGGGCUUUUGAGUUUUGAACCUGCUAAAUUAUCCUUAGCUUUUGGAGUGUAUUAUUUAGCAGGUGUGAGCCGGAAUAAAAAGUGGGCCCGUGAUCUAUAAUCGGCCAGCUAAUUAAUUCAAAACUGCACCAAACUCCUGUCUCGCACUAUUAAUCCUAUCCGGAGUCUAAUACGGUGUACCAAACGAGGCCUAAAAAGUUCUAUCAUCUUCGUUCCAUCUUCUCUGCCGCUUGCCUCCUUCCUCCUCAUCCUCUCCCGCAGCAGCUGCAUCUCCAGGUUCGAUCUUGAUCUUCUCCCGUAGCCGCUGUAUCUCCAGGUUCGAUCUUGAUCUUCUCCCGUAGUCGCUGCAUCUCCAGAGUAAAUGACCUAAGAGUUCAAACUUAAACUCAACGUCCAUUCUUUACGGUUACAUUAGCAAGAGGACACCCCGCCCCUCACACCCUCACAUCAUCAAUUCGAUGAAGAAAAGAGUUCGGCCCAACUUUCAAUUUGUCCAGUUCAAGAAGGCGUAUCUGUUCAACUUGGAAGCCCGACGUCAGACAGAAACGGGGAAAAAGAACUUGGGAAAGAAUGGGAGAAAUAGGGGUACUGAUUACAACUUGGUGGACCGAAUCAGUUGGUUGCCAGAUGAAGUUCUUGUUAGUAUAUUGUCUCGCUUGCCACUAAAGGAAGCAGCAGCUACUAGUAUCCUUUCUAGGCAAUGGCGGUAUGUGUGGGUGUCAACUAUGACUCUCGUCUUUGAUUCUGAAUUUGAUAUUUACCCCUUUCACCGCUUCUAUGAAAUUAAACCAGAACUAAGAGACCAGGAAACACGUAGAUACGUUGAUUGGGUAAAUCAUGUGGUGGAACAUCAUACAGGAACAACAAUUGAACGAUUUAGGGCUUGCUUCCAUUUGGAUUAUCGUUACUCAAGCUCCAUAGAUAAAUGGAUUCAUAUUGCAAGGAAAAAGCAAGUUCAAAUACUUGAGCUGGAUUUCCAUGUGCGUGCUAGGGAAAAUUACUAUACAUUUUCGGAGGAACUUUUAGGUAUCAAUCAAGUUUCUGCUUCAAAGCUCAAGCACUCAUAUCCUGAAAUUCCAAGUGUACGCUUUUGUGGAUACAAUACUGGAUUUAAAUUCCUCAAAGCUCUUUGUGUCUGCAAGGUUUCUGUGAGUCAAGAAAUUCUCGAGUACUUCUUGUCUAAUUGCCCCCUUCUUGAGCGAUUAACAGUGCGCUACACUACAAAAAAUUUGGUCAAUUUAAGAGUUGUUGGCCCCUCAAUUGCCUUGAAGUAUCUGGUGAUAGAAUCUUGUCCAGGCCUCCACAGCAUUGAGAUUUCUGGUGUAAACCUUGUUUCAUUUUCCUAUUGUGGAACUGCUAUAAACCUGCUUCUCAGCAAAGUACCUUUUCUUCUUGAGGUAUCCAUUUCUGAAGAGCCCGUUAAAAAUUCCAGCGAUCAUCGACAUAGGGUAUGGGGUAUACAUUAUUUGGUAUCCCAUAGAUCCAUAGUGCUUCCUUUCACCCAACUUUCUUGCUGUCUUGCUCAACUAGAGAUUCUCGAGGUGGAUAUUGUUGGAGCGGUCUACAAUGACAGCAACACAUUUCCUAUAUUAGCAAAUCUCAAGCAUUUGAAGUUAUUGAUUGGAGCAAAUUAUUAUCGGGAUCUUGAUCACUUAUCUUCCUUCAUGAAGGCAUGUCCUUACUUGAAGAGACUUGUGCUGAAGGUGAACAGGCCAACAUGUGGGGAGAGGAAAGAAAUAGCGAAAGUUGCUAAAUGCCCCCAUAAUUACCUCAAGGUAGUUGAGAUAGUGGGGUACCGUGCUCAUGCAUGUGUCAUUCAACAUGUCAUGUUCCUAAUGGAGAGUAUUGUUGAAUUGGAAAAAAUUGUUAUUGAUCCUGUCCGGCAUUGGUGUUGGCCUAGGGGAACGGAUGGGGGAAGGGAAGAACCCGAUCUGGAAGCGAAAGCAAGAGAACAUGCUAUGCAACACCUUAAACAAAGAGUGCCAUCGACGGUUGAAUUUGUAUGCCUAUAGUAAGUGUUGUGCUUAAAUUAUUAAGAGAUUGUGAGUAGAAAAAUUCAUUCGAGACAUAGUUUGCGUUAUUGGGGUUAUUCGCAUUACACCUUCACUCUGAAAUUGUAUGAAUUAUGCCUUGCAUA